AUGUUGGUGUUCAAUAGUUCUGCCGGAGACUGUGGUGAUAGCGGACAUCAGAACCUAAGAGAUGAAGAGAUUGAGUUAUGGUGGUCGAAAAUUGGGGAGAAGUACACAGGCAGAGAUGCUGAAGAUGAAUGUGGUGGCAUAGGCAGCGGAGCUUGUGCGGUGUUGGUGUUGUUUUUUAUGGUUAAACAGGUGGGAGGUGCAUAUGCUUUUCCUAAGGUAGAGAAUCGCAGUAGAAGCAACUACUUGGAUCUCUACGCUGUAUACAUCACAGAUUCAGAAGUUGAUAACUUAAUGGUUCAUUGCAAGUCGAAAGAUGACGACCUUGGUGAUAAGAAUCUAACACCCAAUCAAUAUUUUCAUUGGAUGUUUCGUCAAAAUUUCAUGUUAACAACAAUUUUCUAUUGUACUUUUCAUUGGAUGACACCCGAUAGUAAAGAAUUAAAAAAUGCAACUUUUAAUGCUUUUGACAUAGAAGUGUCACUUUUAUGUGGGGAUGAAUACUCUAUAAACAGAUGUUAUUGGUUAGUAAGGAAGGAUGGUUUUUAUUUUUCUAGAGAUGAUAAUAAACCUUUUCCUGAUGGUUGGAAGUUAAUGCAUACAUGGUGA